CCGACUGAUCGGAAUCUCAUUUUGUCUGGACCGUCUGCGGCACAUAAAGUAUAUUUCUGGAAUUUGUUGAAGAAUCGUGUUCUGAGUCAAUUUAGCCUUUGCUUUGUAUAAAACUGAUACAUACUGCACCAAGGAAAAAGAUCUACAACUGCCAUAGAUUUAUGUGUUUGCGAGUUUGAUUGGAUUAAAGUGGUUUUCGUAAACGCAUCACAUCGGAUUGACGCCCUAUAGAGUCAAUUUUGUUUCAUGGUAGAGAUAUGCACAGACUAUGAAGCUGAGCGACUGUUCGUGAAAUGGAAACAAUUUUUGAGGGCGGGAGAAAACUGAGAUCCUAAAAGGAUCCAGUCCGCAAUGUUUCAAAAUACAUAUAACCAGCUAGAGGAGGAGGACGACGAGCAGGCCAAGAGGUUCUAUUGCAAUGAAACAGAAAGGAGGAAGAGGAAGAGGCCGGUCAAGGCAGGAAGUCAGUCCUCCUUCGUUAACGUCUUUCACACGGUCUUGUUGGUGGCGUGGGCUACCAGCAUCUGUCAAGCACAACACGAAGGAUCUGUCGUUGCAUCGUAUCGAACUUAUAAUGACUCUAUUAAUUUUACACACGUUGUUGUGGACUAUCAGACAGGCCGCGUGUACGUUGGCGCCACGAAUUGGCUGUAUCAGUUUAACUCGAGCCUGGAUGUUGAAUUUAACGUGAGAACGGGACCCGUGGAGGACAGCAUUCAGUGCUUCCCCACGGGCUGCUCGGAUCAACAACUGUCCACAGCCAAUAACGUAAACAAAGUGCUAGUCAUUGACCACGAAGCGGGCAUGCUGAUCGCUUGUGGGAGCGUGCAUCAGGGUGCAUGCAGAAGGCAUUCUUUGCAAGAUAUUGGUAACCACGAGAAACUUGUGCCUGUGCCAGUGGCAGCCAACGACGAAAACUCUUCUACUUAUGCCUUUAUCGGCCCCGCACGGUAUUCUGGACUGCUUCCGUCGCGGGUGUUAUACGUUGCAACCACGAAUAGCCGGCUGGGGCCUUACAGGGACGUCGUACCGGCCAUCUGCAGCCGAAGUCUCGAACCUGGCAAAUUGUUCACCAUCAUCGAACGCUCUUUCUCGUCCAUAGCACGUGUAGAUGUGAGUUUUCAUCUACGCGAUUACUAUCUGGUUAACUAUGUGUAUGGAUUCCACUCUGGGGAUUAUGUUUAUUACGCUACUGUACAGCGUAAGUCUCACUUGCGGGCUCUAGAAGAAUGGGGUUACAUUACAAGACUAUCACGAAUUUGUGUGUCUGACGUCGGUUAUGAUACAUAUACAGAAGUAACUUUGCAAUGCAUAGGCGAGGACGGAACGGACUUCAAUCUUUUGCAAGAUGCAAGUGUUGUUCGUGCUGCUGGCGACUUGGCGGCCGAUCUUCGAGUAGAUCCAGGUUCGGAUGUGCUAAUAGGAGUAUUUGCCGCAAGUAAAGAUCAUACGACUCGUCCAUCUGCUUAUUCAGCCGUCUGUGCUUAUUCUUUAUCAGAAAUCGAGCAAAGAUUUACCGAAAAUAUUCAUAUGUGUUACAAUGGAAGUGUUCUAACCAGGGAUAUGGAUUACAUUGCAGGAAGUAUCAACCAAUGCCCAGAGCCUGGGGUAAGUGAUCUUUUAUUUUCUUAA